CACAUUACUCAUGCUCAUCUCCUCACUUGUCAAGUCCUUGGACACUCUUAUCCAUGCCUGCCCUCUACACAUUACUCCUACUUCUCCUCGUCUCCUCCUUGCACGCUCCUCCAUGUUCCUCUACAACUUCACAUGAUACUCUCACGGCUGCCCAGACGCUUGCCGUUGGCGACAAGCUCGUCUCAAGCAACGGCAAGUUCGCGCUCGGCUUCUUCCAGCCUGCAGCACGCACCACCAUCAGUAAGUCCGACACCACCACCUCCCCCAACUGGUACCUUGGCAUAUGGUUCAAUAAGAUUCCGGUUUUCACUACCGUGUGGGUUGCUAAUAGAGAGAAGCCAAUAUCCGGCCCUGAGCUCCACCUAACACAGCUCAAAAUCUCUAGCGAUGGCAAUCUUGCCAUCGUGAACCAUGCCGGUACCGAGUCUGUACUCUGGUCCACUCACAUCAGCAAUAGAAGACAAACCAACAUAAACACCAGUACUACCACCGUUCUCUUGAACAGCGGAAACCUUGUACUCACAGAAGGCCCAUCAUCUAGUCUGCCGUUGUGGCAGAGUUUCGACCACCCAACAGAUGUUCUGCUUCCUGGUGCCAAGGGAGGCCGGAACAAGCUCACCGGUUUGACUAGACUGGGCAUCUCAAAGAAGAGCCUGAUUGAUCCAGGUCUUGGCUCAUACACCCUUGAACUAGCCACCAGUGGGAUUAUCAUGAAACGCCGAAAUCCCUCAGUAGUGUACUGGAAUUGGGAAUAUGGAACAUCACAAAUGUCCAAACUUUUGCCAGUAAUUAUGAUGGUUCUAAAUUCGGAUUCGCGGACCAAAGGUUUGAUUAACGUAACAUACGUUGAUAACAACGAAGAGGAGUACUACAUGUACACUUCACCUGAUGAAUCAGCUUCCACAUUAUCACUAGACAUCUCUGGCCAGAUCAAGCUGAAUAUAUGGUCGGAAGCCGAACAGUCGUGGCAAACAGUACAAUCCAAACCUAUUGAUCCCUGCACUCCGACGGCAACCUGCGGACCUUUCACGGUCUGCAAUGGCACUGCACGCGGUACUGCACGUCCAUUCUGUGAUUGUAUGGAGAGCUUCUCUCAGAAGUCACCAACGGAUUGGUACCUUGAUGAUCGGACAGGAGGAUGCAUCAGAAAUACACCAUUACAUUGCCCUAGCAACAAGACAAGUUCAACAGACAUGUUCCACCCUAUUGCUCAUGUUACAUUGCCCUACAAUCCAAAAAGCAUACAAAAUAUUACCACUCAGAGCAAAUGUGAAGAAGCUUGUCGAGGUUCCUGCUCCUGCACUGCUUAUUCCUAUAACAAUAACAUGUGCUCUGUCUGGCAUGGGGAAUUGCUUAGUGUAAAUCUGAAUGAUGGCAUUGAAAUUUUUGCUGAAGAUGUUCUUUACCUUCGCCUUGCGGCCAAUGAUUUUCCAAGUCUGAGCAAAAACAAAAGAAAACUAAGCGUUGGAGUUGUUAUUGCUGCAAGCAUUAUUAGCUUUGUGUUAAUAAUGCUCGUGAUGUUCUUAGUGGUUCAGAGGAACAAAUUCAAGUGGUGUUGUUCUCCAUUAUACGAUAACCAAGGUUGUGGUGGGAUUAUUGCCUUCAGAUACACCGAUUUAGUUCAUGCUACAAAAAACUUCUCUGAAAAGCUGGGAGGAGGUGGUUUUGGCUCUGUUUAUAAGGGAGUUUUAAGUGGAUCGACUCCGAUAGCGGUGAAAAGGCUUGAUGGUGCUCGCCAGGGAGAGAAGCAAUUUAGGGCUGAGGUGAGCUCACUUGGACUGAUCCAACAUAUCAAUCUAGUCAAAUUGAUUGGUUUCUGCUGUGAAGGACAUAAUAGGUUGCUUGUCUAUGAACAUAUGCUAAAUGGAUCUCUUGAUGGUCAUCUAUUUAAGAGCAAUUUUGGUGUGUUAAGUUGGAGGACCAGGUAUCAAAUAGCCCUAGGAGUUGCUAGAGGAUUGUUCUACUUGCAUCAGAGUUGCCACAAGUGCAUCAUACACUGUGAUAUUAAGCCAGAAAACAUACUCCUCGAUGCAUCGUUUGCUCCUAAAGUUGCAGACUUUGGGUUGGCAACGUUUCUGGGAAGAAAUUUUAGUCGAAUUCUGACUACAUUCAGGGGAACUGUAGGUUAUCUUGCCCCAGAGUGGCUUAGUGGAGUUGCUGUUACACCAAAAAUUGAUGUUUAUAGCUUUGGCAUGGUAUUGUUGGAAAUCAUAUCGGGAAGGAGAAAUUCAGGUGAAGAAUACACUAGCAACAGUUAUCAUGUUGAAUAUUUCCCUGUACAAGUCGUCAACAGGCUUCAUAAAGGCGAUGUGGGGAGUUUGGUGGAUCCACAGUUACAUGGUGACUUCAAUACGGUACAAGUUGAAAGGGUCUGCAAAGUUGCAUGUUGGUGCAUUCAAGAUAAUGAGUUUGAUCGGCCGGCAAUGGAUGAAGUGGUACGUGUUCUUGAGGGCCUACAGGAGAUUGAUAUGCCCCCAAUGCCAAGACUACUUGCAGCUAUAACAGAACACUCUGAUACAACUUCAAUGUAAUUUAUGAAUAUUUUACAUCGGAUGUUACUAAUCUUUGUUUCAACAAUUUUAAAUUGUAAUGCGGUGGAGAAGGAAUAAAGAAAGGCAAAC